CAGCUGCAGGCACUGGCAAGCACUUUAAGGAGGCUUCUUACCCGUUUCUCUACUCUAGAGGAAAGGCGCUCAGCUGCAGGCACUGGUGUGUGCUUUAAGAGCACUUCUCUUACCUGUUUCUCUACUCUAUAGGAAAGGCGCUCGGUUGCAGGCACUCAUGUGUGCUUUAAGAGCACUUCUCUUACCUGUUUCUCUACUCUAGAGGAAAGGCGCUCGGUUGCAGGCACUAGUGUGUACUUUAAGAGCACUUCUCUUACCUGUUUCUCUACUCUAAAGGAAAGGCGCUCAGCUGCAGGCACUCAUGUGUGCUUUAAGAGCACUUCUCUUACCUGUUUCUCUACUCUAGAGGAAAGGUGCUCAGCUGCAGGCACUGGCACGCACUUUAAGGAGUCUUCUUACCUGUUUCUCUACUCUAGAGGAGAGGCGCUCGGCUGCAGGCAGGCUGCAUGCCACACACGCACUCUCCAAGGCAAGGAGGCAAAUUCUGUUUCUUGUUCUAGAGGAGGCACUCAGCUGCAGGCACUGGCACGCACUUUAAGGAGGCUUUUUACCCAUUUCUCUACUCUAGAGGAGAGGUGCUCAGCUGCAGGCAGGCUGCAUGCAAACACACACACAUACAUACUCCAAGGCAAGGAGGCAAGUUCAGUUUCUUAGUUUAGAGGAGAGGCGCUCAGCUGCAGGCAUUGGCUCAGUGUAUGGAAUCAUGAGUGCUGGUAUCUCACCAAACUACAAGGAUUCCAUUCCUUUGAACUGUGGAAGUUUAAGCGCCCUCAAAUUGCAUUAAUUCUGUAGUGUAGACGCAACUACGGAGUUGUAUGAGAGCUGAUCAUCCAGCCUUUGCUGAUAAUCACUCAAUGGAAGAGAAACUAUCGGUGGGCUAUUCUAUGGUCAUUUUCCAAAUGUCGUUGGGAUCUCCUGUGUUUGUAAUUUGCAUCUACAUUUGGGGGUGUCUUCACUGCAGGGGGAAAGACCGAUACCGGCAUUUUGUCAUCGGCUAUCAACGCAACGGACGCUACGCCAUUUCGGGGGACACCCAGACCCACCAAAGCCUGGCCGAACUGGUCAGUUUCUACCAAAAGACCGACCUUGAGCCUUUUAGCGAAAGGCUUACUGUGGCCUGUCCAAAGGACGAAGAGACCAGUGUGUACGAUGAAAUCUCUUUGGACCGGCAGACAUCUUCCAAACGCAGCUCCGUUCCAGGUGUCCCAGUCCGGACCAGUCCAUCAACCGCCAAGCCAGCAAAGGAGAACGUCAACAACCAGCCCACGAAACCAGGAAGGAAGCUUCUGGAUCAACAGACGUCUUUAUCCAAGGAGAAAGGAGACCCAAGCACAGAGGACCCCGAUGAUGCCCCACCACUUCCAGCCAGGAGCAGCUUGCUAGUUUCCCAGUCCUUUGAGGAAGACUCAAGCGAUGAAGGGAACUUUGUUGAGAAGAACCAUGUAGACCACAGGAGCCCAGAAGUGCCGAGAAACCCCUCUAAAGGAGUCUCAGAUGAUUCACAGAAGCCUGAAGGCCCAGACCAAGCUAACUCUUCGUCUAGCAGAAAGAAAACAAGCUCUCUGUUUGCCAUGGCUAAGCAAGCAGAUCGAUCCCACAGCAAAAAAAUCAAUCUGGUCAAAGCCACUCCCCUGGAGACAAUUUAUUCGGAAAUUGGCCUGGACCAAGACACGGCCUCCUGGAUGUUUCCUGAGCCCCUGAGUGGUCAAUCCUCUCUGACUCCACCAAAGAAGGCAACACUAAGCUCUCCGUUGUCAACUCCUCCAAAGCUGUCUCCAAAGUUACCCAGCAAACCAAAGGUAUCCACGGAGCCACCGCGUGCAUCACACUCCACCUCUCCUGUGAUGGACAAAGAUCCCCAGAAGCCAAAAACCUUGCCCGGGUCACCCAUGUACGGGCAGAUCCACAAGAUGAAAACCCAGCAAUCUGCAAUGUCCACCAGCAAUACUUACGAAGAGGUGCCUUUUGGGUGGAUGAAGAAGGCCGCUCCUGAGCCUGAGUCAGAAAAGCUGGCGGAAGAGACUUACAACCAGAUCUCUCCAAAGAGCGGAGGAUCCUUGAAGCCAGAGGCCGAGGAUCCAUAUGAAAAGAUCCCUCACCAUUUCACCAAAGGUUCCCCGACGAAGAAGCACGUCCUCGCCAUGGAGAACCCCUACCAACAAAGCCCCUUCAGCCCCGCCAAAGGAGUAGAAGCAAAGCCAAGUCAAAAGAGUGACAAACCCAGGCGGUUCUUCUUUACCGACAAGAAAACGAAAUUCUGAAUAUGACAAACUCUACUGAAUGUCUCCAAACAAGAAUCAGCAACCACUUGAGGCAGAAGAAGCAUCUCUUUCCAUGUUACAACACAUUGUAUUUAUGUUUAAGCUACUUUUCUCCAUGUUUGGCACCGGCAUCUCCCAUGCGCUCAUUGACACAUAGACCCCCAAAAGCUCCCAACUUUACUAUUUUCAACUCAUUGGUGUUUCUUUCCAUCUCUUGGUCUGUCAUUCUGAAUAUUCAAUGGAUGCUCAUGGUGUCCAUGUUAUUGGGAUGCCAAAUCCACACCAUUUUUUAUCACUGGCUAUACACAGUACUGGACUCAAUUUACAUUACGUUACCUUGGAUCCACACAUGCGAGCCAGCUUUUAGUGGCUCUUCUGCUGAAAUUUACAUAUCCUUUUCCCAUCCUAAUAUGGAUUUCAUGAAAUAAUAAAACAAAGAUAACCU